GAAACCGACGUAUCACGAUGGAAAACUCGUAUCACGGUGGAAAACUCCAAAUGAAGUCAACUAUCAUAAAAAUCUGUCUAUUAAUACAUUCUUUUUAAGAGUAAAUUAGUGAUGUGAUUAAAUAAUACCUGUGAAGACAACAUAUUUGUUCGCCGGUCAUCUCCUUGAAGUGUCUCUUAUGGAUACACCUUCAAUUUCAUCAAUCCAUUCACAAACAUUAUUCAGAUCCGAUGAAACAUGUCGACCGGUGGCCACCCUCAGGCUCACUCCACAACCAGAUGGGAGGCAGCAAACUACCACUGGUGGCAGAGUCUUUUCAAACUCAUCGUCACCGCCGCCUUCAGCCAUGAUGUUCUAUAACUCAUCUAGGAACUGGACCUCCUACCUUACCUCCUCCGCACCUCUUAUUGUAUUUGAUUUCGAUGGACAUUUAUUCAGAUUCGUGAUAUGUUUUGUGGAGAUCGGAAACCAGAUCUGGUGGAUUGAUUUCGACUUCUAAUCUAGAUCCGGUGACUCAUGGAGGUGGAUGAAACCAGAUCUAGUGAUAAAAAACGAGAUCGGAAAGGAGAUGAGAAGGAGGCGACAAGGUAGUUUCCAGAGAGGUACCUUUCCGGCGAAGGAAGAUGAGUGGCAGAUGGAGUUGGUUUAGGAAGAGAAGAGACGAUCGGAGGUGGUUCGCGGCGGAAUUUCACGAAGAUUCGAAGCGGUGGUGCUCCGACGACGGUGGGUGGCGCUCCGCGACAGUAGGUGGCGGUCCGACGACGGUAGAUGGUGGUCUGAAAGUCUUGGUGGUGCACUGAAAUGUAAUAUUCUAAAAAAUGAAAAUACAACAUAGGGGCGAGGUACGUGGGG